GUGGUUUCCAGCUUUUCGAGUGCUCUCCCUACAUCCCAAGUGUUUUGAUCAGAGUAUCAAACACGGAAUUUCGUCUUUUAUUCCUUAAGUAUAUGACAAUAUUACAAAAAUGAACGGUUGUACUAAACCAACAAAGAAUGAAAAUAAGACAUAAAACUUAUAGUAAAAUCCCCAAUUAAAGAUCCAGUAGAAUGCUGAUUUAACAUUUUGUAAGUAAACACAUCAGUUUAAAAACGUCUACAACUAAAUUUAACAAAUAGCAUACAUUUCCUGACCAAUUUUACAGUAUAACUAUAUKUAGURAYUYGCAUGUUGUUCAGCAUUUASUGUCUGAGUUUUAAGUCAUASUGAUGUACGUUUGACCUCAACUGUCAAUAUUUCCAUGGCAAUCAGUAUCAAUUAAUAUUUUCGGAGAAUUGAGCAAAGAUAUCGUUUGUCUCUUGACCUGUCUAAUUUGCCUGAUCAACAUGGCGGAACUUAACACUUUUACUGACGACUUGGAAGCACAGUUAACUUGUGCUAUUUGUMAYGAYAUCUUUACUGAUCCAAGGACACUACCGUGUCUACAUACUUUCUGCUUUAAAUGCAUCAAAAGUUGGAACGAAGCUUGUAGGAGAGAAAGGAAGAGGCUGACAUGUCCAACUUGUAAAGUAGUAGUCAAGAUCGAAGGAGACGACAUCUCGAAGCUUCCUUCCUCCUUUACCUACAACUCGCUGCUUCAGCUAUUCAACGYCAUGAAGACCAAGACUGACAAACAGAGCCAACAGCAGCUUCCAGAGUGUGUAUGUUGCAACAAACGAAACAUAUUGUUUGGAUUUUGUCCUCAAUGUAAAGGAAUGAUUUGUAAUGAAUGCAUCAACCAACACAAAACAGUAUUUGCAUUGAUAAAAACCCAUCAAGCAACGCUAUGGAGCGAAUUCAAGACAMAAAAUGUCAACAGCUACAUCAACAACCAAGCCAUGUGCAAGGUGAAAUACCACAAGAAUGCUCUCAUUGAAUUCUACUGCAAGACUUGCAAGAAGUGUAUUUGUCAAAAAUGUGGUACAACAUCACACAGCAUCCAUGACAAGGUCAGCAUCGAGGAGGCAGCUGAAGAUGCUAAAAAGCUCAUGGGAAAAGACAAGAAUCGACUGAAUGAGCUGAUUAUCGGUUACAAGAAAGAAUUAGAACUUUCCCAAAAUAACAUGACAAGGAUUCAGAGAGAGAUUGAUGCAGCAAAGGCAAAAGUUCGAGAUGACACACAAGCUAUGAUGAAGAUUCUGCUAGAAAGCCAAAACGCUUUGAUUGCUAACUUGGACCGCCUCCUUGCAGAACAAACAACAGCAAAUGAAGACGAGAAAAAAGACAUCGACGGCAGCAUCCAACAAGUCACUGAACUGAAACAUCAGUGUGAAACAAUGGAAGAGAAAAACUUAGAACAACUUAUAUUAGAAAGCUAUGAAAAUUUACAAGAGGUUUGUAAAGUUGCACUGCAAAAGAAGUCCAUCUUAUCGAGCAAACCAAUCAAGCGAAACUCAAGCAUUCGUUUCAAUCUAAACCCGGAGGUUACCAUCUUCAUGCGAAGAUUCAAACUGGGCGAGGUAGUGGAAAACGUGACAGGUAAUUCAUACCGUCCUUCCAUGGUUCGUGUAACAGGUGCAAGUGGCGUCACAAGGCGAUAUCUGCAUUAACGAUCUACAGUCAGGAGCGGAUCCAGCAUUUUAUAAGGGGGGUUGCUUUUGUCAGAACAUGUAUAGCAGAUGGAUGUUACAUGUAUACCUAAAGCACUUCCCCUGGAUUCGCCCUAGACAGAAAGAAAUGACCGAAACUGAAACUGGAAUAUUUUCUACGGCGUGAAGUAUAAAGCAGAGAAACCUUCACAGUACAAAGUUGUAGCGAGGAGAAGAGAUCAAAAACUAACCACAGAACACCGAGACAAUCGAUGCUAAAGCAGAAUUUAAACCCUUGAAGAUUUAGAGCAUGAAAAGAACACUUUCUUGGACAGAGCUCUUCUAUUGUUUAUCGCUCCCGUCAUCCAACAUGGCGGUAGUCAUGUGACCAUAUCUAGGUCUCAAAGAAUAUUUGACUUUAUUUCGAGUAACAAAACGAUACAGAACAACAUAUAGGCAUCAAAGGAAUAGUCAUAGGCUACUAUAGCUGGGCGGUAAAGCACUCCUCAAGUUUCUCAAUAGAUCUUUAAAGCUUUUUCGUCAUGUGACGCAUACGCAAUGCACUGUGGGAUAUGUUUGGGACACAAUAUGGUAGCGAGUUUCUUUCCUUUUUCCCAGAAACCGAUCCCACAAUGCAUUGCAGACCACUUGUUCUGUUGUUCAAUGCUGAUGGAGAGUAUUUGCGAGACAUUGGUGGUGCAGAAUCAGGAGAAGGUCAGCUAAGUCUUCCAUUUGGAGUCAUCUUCAAUGAGGAUAAAAUAGUCAUCACCGAUAAUCCAGAUGAUUGUGGCUGUAUCAAGGUAUUUGAAAUGGAUGGUACCUAAAAAAA